AUGGGGCUCGAAACGGAGUUGCAAAUCAUUCGAGAGCCGCAAAUCUACGAUGUGCCUAUCGUGACCAAAGAACCCGAGACUCCACGCCCAGGAAGCGAGGAAGAUGUCACUUACAACGACACCACAUACACCAGCCAUGGCAUCGGAACGACAGGAGGGGUUGAUGACUCGACCGAAGACUUCCACGACUUCGUCUACCCAGAGGAGCGGAAACUGGGAACCUGGUCGACGGCAUUCCUCAUCAUCAAUCGUGUUGUUGGGGCGGGGAUAUACUCAACCCCUUCAAGCAUCGUUCACUCUGUCGACAGCGUUGGCGUCACUCUGAUCUUCUGGGUCAUUGGUGGAUUUAUGACUGUUUGGAGGGGAAAAGGUUUAUUCCAAUUCGUCCUCUUUGCUAUCUCUACCGGAAACAGUAUUGUUUUUAGCAGCUAUCUCUUGCUGGCUAUCACAGGUGAUGCGAAGAAUGGGAGUUGGCUCAACAGGGGCAUCGCUGUUGCCGCAAUUUCUGUGGUGUGCUUCAUCCAUGCUUUUCUUCCUCGCCUCGGGAUCUGGUUGAGCAAUGGCCUGGGCGCCUUUAAGCUUGUUCUUCUUAGCUUGGUUGUUUGUACCGGUUUCGCCGCCCUUUCAGGCAAAAUGGCGGUGCCAAGUCCGAAUAACUUCUCAAGCUUCCAUGGUCCUGGUUGGCCUGAGUUGGGGAUGGCGAACAUCCCUAGCGUGACUGGCGGCUAUGCCCUAGCCAUGCUUCAGGUCCUAUACUCCUACAGCGGUUGGGAGAAUGCGAACUAUGUCUUGACGGAAGUUAGAAAUGCGCCGAGAACACUGAGAAGGGCUGCGCCCAUCGCCAUCUUUGCCGUGACCCUCCUUUACGUGUUGGCUAACGUUGCAUAUUUCUCCGCCAUGACCAAGCAGGAAAUCUACGAGUCGAAGGUCGUCGUUGCCGCCAAAUUCUUCGAGAAUGUUUGGGGCAAGAGUGCAUUCGUAAAGCGGGCAAUCCCCCUUUUUAUCGGUUUCUCGGCUUUGGGUAACGUGUUUGCUCAGUCAUUUGCCAUGCCACGCGUAAAGCAGGAGCUUGCGAAAGAAGGAGUCCUGCCAUGGUCUCGCUUCUGGGCGAGCGACUGGCCGUGCAAUGCUCCUAGCGGUGCUAUUUUCCUUCACUGGGCCUUCACCACCACUUUGAUUCUCGGGUCCCAUACAUCGGAUGUGUAUACUUUUGUCACGAAUGUCUUUAUCUACAGCGGUAACUGGAUUAAGGUUUUCCUUGCCGCUGGCCUCAUCUACCUGACGUUUGCCCCCUCGGAGAGGUGGGCAGAGCAACGAACAACCUUCCACACCUGGCCACCUCUGACCAUUUUUUGGAUUAUUGGUCUGCUCUUCGUGCAGGCUGCACCAUUUAUCAAGAACAGUUUCCUCGACCAUGUUCCAUUCUAUGUGGUGCCAACUAUGGGCACCAGCCUGUUGGUCAUUGGCACGGCGUAUUGGCUGGUCUGGGCUAAGAUCCUGCCGGCCUUUGGAUACCAGAUUCAGCAUGAGGUUGUGCAGCUGCCAGACGGGAGUGAGAGAGUUAAGUAUAAGGAGAAGUCGGUCAAUGCCGAGCCGUCGUGGUGGGUCACAACAGGUGGGGGGUGGGGCGUGUUGACUAACGCAGAGCGGAGCGAGCCCCUACGAUAUGCCGACCACGUAGGAAUUCACUAUGUGCUGUGUCGCAAGCUGCGCGAGUUCCCCUAUGAGGAUAUCGAGUUCUUCCUUCCGCAACUAUGUCAUCUCAUCAUCAGCAUCAACAAUGAGUCGAUGGCCCUGGAGGAGUUCCUGCUGGACCUCUGCGAGGAGUCCGUCACGGCAGCGCUGCUGACAUUUUGGUACUUCCAAACAUACUUGCAUGAUCUCGCGCCGAAUCCCCAGACCGAGGCCUUCAGAACAUGUCGCAGGGUACUGAAUAAGGUGCAGCACAUUUGCUUUGGUGUAUCUGAAGCAGCGAGACACGAGAAGAUCACAGACAACGUUCUCCCGGUUACGGUCCUAGGAAGCUUUGUCCUUGCAAGCGUCGGCUGCCCAGCAUUAGCCCACUGGGCUGGCCCGCUGGCAGUUGCCCAAGCGCGGAGACCACGCCCAAUCGCCGAAAUCAUUUCAGAAACGGCACUCGCAGCAAACAGGAACCUCCCAUCGAGAGCACACACCGUCUCAGGAGGGAGCCCUCGCUCAAAGCGCACAAAAGAGGGGCGUAGCGUAAGCUCCCCAGAUUCCAAGGGGCAGGCAGGCUCCAACGCGAGAUUACAUCCAGGACAUAUCGCAUCGAAGUCGUCGGAAGACGUGACCCAACAUUCACGAUCAUCGCCUUCGCUUGGAUCUUUAGUAAGGGAUAGUGAAGAAGUGGCCGUGUCCUCACGGCUAGAGGACCUAUCUGUCGAAGGACGUCUCAGCACGGCAUCCCUGCCCCUGCCGGAAUCACGUCAUCUGGCUAUCACCAGGCCAAGCACACCUCUAUCGGCUGGCCUGAGGCAUCAUGAGACCUUAGCCAGGAGACACUCUCACAAUGUGAAGCCGGUAGUCAAUCUGGCUGACAUGUCUCGUGUGGAAAAGAUCCGGCUGCUACGACAACACUACUUCCGUUGUCAAACCGCGUUUCUAUCGGCGUUAGAGGAUAUCUCGAACCGGCUUGUCGUGGUACCGAAGCCGGCUCGUCUGAGUGCCUUGCGCGCCGAGCUGGCUUUGGUUGCUCGAGAUCUUCCAGCAGAGGUCGACAUCCCCGUGAUAUGCCCUCCUGAUCUCGUGGAUGGCUCGCCGGCUAAGAGCCGACAUCACCGGAUCGUUAGGCUUAACCCUGCUGAGGCAACCGUCCUGAAUAGUGCCGAGAAGGUGCCAUACUUGCUUAUGAUCGAGAUUUUGCGGGAUGAUUUCAAUUUCGAUCCUGAUACGCCAGAUAACCAGAGACUGCUGGCUACCCUGAUGACUGAGCAAGGAUCGCGCAGGCGGUUAUUCGAUUUGUCAGACGCACCGCAUAUGCCCCCGGCUAACAAGCCACCACCGGAAGUGGUCGUCGAUAGUGUCUUCGAACCAGCCUCUGGUGACUUGGGCAGUUCUCCAUUGCUCAGGCCCGAAGAUGACGAAGAGUUGGAGAGGAAAUCAGCACAUUCGAGCCAUGCGUUACGUUUACACAGCGCAAGUAACUCGGCGGCGGAAGCCAACUCAUCGGCCAAGGCAACCCCCCGCAAUUCGGGCAGUUCAGAGUCGUCGCAUCUUCCUCGCCGGAGGAUGACGCUGACCAACCCUCGCAACAACUCGGUCGACCAGCCUGACUUCUCAGCGUUGGCGAUCCACAUGAGAACGGCAUCGCAGAUGCUUGCUCAGCUCGAUGCUACCAGCGGGAAGCGACCCCGCCAUGAGGUGGCAGCCAUCAGAGCCCGCAUCAUCGCGAGCAUGCAGAGCCUAGAAGAGCAGAGCUUCGAUCUGGACGACGGGCACGGGCCGACCUUCGACAUGAUUAUGGCCAGGGCGCAGGCAGAAGGCGCCAUGAACCCCGAUGCCAACGAUGAGGAAGGAAGAGAGGGAAGCGCUGCUGCUGCUAAGGUGCAACCGCCGAAGAUCAACGUCAAUGCCGGUAUUGACCGGAUGGAGAAUGAUAUCAAGACAGGAGGGCUACAUCGAAAGGGCGACCGCGAAGACCCCAGUGCGGCCGUGUUUGGUGAAGCGUGGGAGGCCAAGAAGGAGCGCAUCCGCAAGUCUUCUCCGUACGGGUGGAUGAAGAACUGGGACUUGGUCAGUGUGAUUGUCAAGACUGGCUCGGACCUUCGGCAGGAGGCAUUCGCCUGCCAGUUAAUUCGGAUGUGUCACAAGAUCUGGCAAGACGCGGGCGUGCCCGUUUGGGUGAAGCUGAUGCGCAUUCUAGUGACGGGAGAGUCGUCUGGGCUGAUCGAGACAAUCGCCAACGGCGUGUCGUUGCACUCUAUCAAGCGCAGUCUGACGCUGGCGUCGAUCGAGGCCGGGCAGAAUCCUCGUCGCCGAAUCGCUACUCUCAAGGACCACUUCAACAAGGUCUUCGGCAACCCUGACAGUCCUGCCUACCGGGCAGGCGUCGAUGCCUUCAAGCGCUCACUUGCCGCUUACAGCGUCAUAUCCUACAUCCUGCAGCUUAAGGACCGUCACAACGGCAAUGUGUUGAUCGACAAUGAGGGCCAUAUCAUUCACAUUGAUUUCGGCUUCAUGUUGUCUAACUCGCCCGGGUCGGUCGGUUUUGAAGCGGCCCCGUUCAAGUUGACUUACGAGUACGUUGAUGUGCUCGGCGGUGUCGGGUCGCCAGACUUUGAAGAAUACAAGAAGUUGUGCAAACAGGCUUUCCAAGCCCUCCGUCGCUCAGCCGACAACAUCAUCGACCUGGUCGCAAUGAUGGGCCGCGAGUCCAAGAUGCCAUGUUUUGGUGCCGGCGUCCAGCAGGUCACGGCGGCUUUGCGCAGCCGGUUCCAGCUGCAGCUGAGCGCCGAUGAGGCCGAACAAUUCGUAGAGAAUGACCUAAUUGGCAAGUCGUUGGGUAGCUAUUACACGCGACUUUAUGACACCUUCCAAUACCGGACACAGGGCAUCUACUGA